UACUCAUUGAAAAUUGGUGGCCAGCAUCAUUUUCCUUGCAAACGUAAGACAAUCCCACACCUCUCUCUCUCUCUCUCUCUCUCCACACUCUUCUUCUCUCUAUCUCCAUUUGAACGUGUUCGCCUCAAAAGAUGAUGAACCACAACGAGUUAAAGUUAAAACUAUAGGUGGUUUUGUUGUGCCUAUCUAUAUAAUUUGGUGAAACAAGACUUCUCCACCAUGAACUUGGGGUUUCUGCUUAACAUCCCUUGGGUUAAAGCUCAGUUGAAUACAGAUUCGGUGACGAAUUCGGUUCCUACCAAAGCUUUUACUGAACAAGCAGUUCAUACCACAGCUUUUACUGAACAAGCAGUUCCUAUCAAAGCUUUUACUGAACAAGUUAAACAAGAAUCUGGUAAUGAUCCCAAAUUGUUUGGGUGGCCCAUGCCCUUCCUUUCAUUGUUUCCUUGGGCAAAUAGUGCUGGAGAUAAGUUUCAAAGACCAUCUACUAUCAAUAAAGAGUUGAGGAGACAAGCACAAACUCGUGGGGAUGUCGUAGCGAAAGAUACUGGGGCUACCCCUUUACGCUUUAAGCCAUAUGUUUGUAAGGUUCCGUGGCAUACUGGAGCUAGAGCAUUUCUUUCUCAGUUGUUCCCUAGAUAUGGGCAUUACUGUGGCCCAAACUGGUCAAGUGGGAAAGAUGGAGGGUCUCUUGUUUGGGACAAGCGACCAAUUGAUUGGUUGGAUUUCUGCUGUUAUUGUCAUGAUAUAGGGUAUGAUACUCAUGAUCAAGCCAAGCUUCUGAAGGCUGAUUUAGCCUUUCUUGAGUGCUUGGAGAAGCAGCAUAUGAGUACCAAAGGAGACCCUCAUGUUGCUUAUCUUUACAAGACAUUAUGCACUAAUGGUCUCAAGAAUUUUCUGAUACCUUAUAGAAGGCAACUUGUGAGCUUACAACAGUACUCUGGGAUACCUUUGGUUCAGUUUGGAUGGCUAAGCAAUUUGAGAUGGAAAAGUUGGAACUUUCAGAAAGGGAGGGGGUGGUGGGAGGUACAAAGUCACAAAUUGUGAAUUGCAUCCACUUUAGAAAGUGCUUGGCCUUGUUUUAUUAACAUUUAACACUAUGUUUAUUAGGUUAUGCAUCUUAUAACCUUUUGUAUAUACCAUAUCGUGCCCAUAGCUUGUUUUGCGAAGUGCAACCUUUGGCCUUGCUUGACAUAAUCUCUGUUAACAAGACAGUCUGUUUAUAUGAUCCUGAUGCCGCAUUAUAAUUUGAUUCUCACAAAAAUCAUUAGUUUGUGACUUACUACUUUGUUCACAUAUAUUUUCAGCCCAGUGCUUAUAUAAUGUCUAGUUUGAUGCUGA